CAUGCGCAUGCGCAUGCGCGCGUGAGGGGGCAUCUCGCGCACAGAACGAGAGCCGUGUGUUCGUCUUUUCUGCAACACACAUGGUGAAAAGAUCCUCUUCUGUCCUGUGGGAACGCGUCUGCUGAGUGGAAAGUGGUGCUGCUGAUGGGCUCUGAACGGGUGGAGAUGGGGGAGAGCACCCCGACCCGAACCCUGGAGCCCGACCCCACACACACCCCGACACGAACCCUGGAGCCCGACCCCACACACACCCCGACCCGAACCCUGGAGCCCGACCCCACACACACCCCGACCCGAACCCGGGACCCGCCACACACUCCGGCGAACGCCUGCUGCUUCUGCUGGUGCUGUUGCUGCAGCUGCUCCUGUCUGACAGUACGCUCUGCUAAGGAGGAAAAAACUAUGACGACGAUCUCAGAAGAACAAGAGGAGGCUGAUAUCGAACAGAUGCCUCAGCUCACCCUGGAGGAGGUCCAGUCGUGGGCGGAGUCAUUCGAGCGUUUAAUGAAAAAUCCUCAAGGCCGUUUGCACUUCCAACAGUUCCUCAAGUCGGAGUUUAGUGAAGAAAACCUGAAAUUCUGGCUCAUCUGUGAGGAUCUAAAGAAACAGACCAACCAAACCACAGUUGAACAGACCGUGAAACAAAUCUACGAGGACUACGUCUCUGUGAAAUCACCUAAAGAGGUGAGUCUGGACUCGCGUGUGCGUCAGGUGAUCCACAACAAAAUGCAGGAUCCGUCCUCGUGCACGUUUGACGAGGCGCAGCUGCAGAUCUACACGCUCAUGCAGAGAGACUCCUUCCCUCGCUUCAUGAACUCCAGCAUGUACGCAGACCUCCUACAGGGCCUUCAGACGCCCAGCGAGUCCUAACACACACACACACAUACAUUAACACACACAAUUCCCUGUAGACCUCGUAGUUUGCACAUCCCAGGUGAUCAGGUCUCAUUUAUAACCAUCGUGUUUUAUACUAUUUGAUUUAUAUAUUCAAAAACAAGGCAAGGAUAGGCUAAUAAAUGCUUUUAAGCGAUGUAAUGUCUUGUACUGUUAAACAUGGACUCAUAGAUGAGGAUAUACAUAGUAAAAAGAGGCGUUGUAAGCUAGUUAAAGGGUUAGUUCACCCAAACAUGAAAAUU